UUUGAAAGAAACACGUUUUCUUUUCGGCUACUUCUAAAAUUCCUUUUAUUGAUUGAUAAAAUCAAUAUAUUCAGAACUUAAAAUUUGUCAAGGACAUAAAAUAUUAAGGAUAGGGGGCUCGUGAAAUAUUGAAGCACAGUAUAAUGAUUUACCAGCAGAAGGAUAUUACAUAAUUUUAAGUAAUCGUCAGCAUGGGAUGCUGUGGGUAUGUUUGUAGAGGAAAGAAGUAGGCUUUGUUUUCUGUUUCUUUUGGACGUUUUUGUUUAGUUUCUGUUUUAUUCAUAUGUUAAAACUUUAUUUGGAUCUUUGAUGUUACCUGAAGAAUGUGUUAUGUUCAAACUGGACUUGUUUAAAACAGAUCCAUCAGAAAAGUAUAAAAUGGGUUGUGGAUCUAGUUAUGAUGCCUCAGAUGGCCCUAGAACGGUUGUUGUCUUUGGCGCCACUGGGAUCCUAGGUGGCGCUAUUGCCAAGCGAUUGCUCCAAGAACCAUUCCUGUAUAAAGUUCGGUGUGUAACUCGACGCUCUUCCAGCGACAAAGCUCGUCAGUUAGCAGAACAUGGAGCAGUGAUUGUUAACGCAGAUCUCGGGGAGACAAAAAGUUUGGAGAAGGCGCUAGAGGGCGCCGAUAUCAUGUUCUUAACAACCCAUUAUUGGGAGGACAGAAACAAGGAAAAGGAAGUGAUAAAGGGACUGAACGCCAUUGAUGCAGCAAUACAAUGUGGCGUAAAACAUAUCAUAUUUAACGGGUCAGAAAAUGUUAAGAAACUUAUAGGAAAAGAAUGUAAUCAUCUCGACUCCAAGUCAGCUAUAGAGGAGUAUAUCAGAGAAGUGGACAACCCCUCGGAGGACGUCACGGGUUUAAAUCACGUGAUGCCGGGAAUAAAUUUUACUAUUCUGCGUCUCCCUUUCUGGUUCGAGAAUUUUUAUACAGUCUUCAAGCCGCAUAAACUAAAACAUGCAGUGUACGCCGUCGCCUUACCGCUAGAGGGCGCUGAACUGGACAUGAUGUCUGUUGAUGAUAUAGGUGAAGUUAUUGUAUCGAUUCUUAGAAGGCCAAAGCAGUAUUAUGGAAAGACAUUGAACCUAUCUGUAGAAAAACUUUCUAUGGAAGAAAUAGUCGAUACAUUUAACAGACAUUUCGACAACAGGAAAUUUACAGACCCAAAGAUUAGAGUAAAAGACAUGGAAAAAUUUCAGUUUCCAGGCGCUAAGGAUUUGGCUGCAAUGUUUGAAUUUUAUCAGAGUGGACAGGCUAUAAGAGACGUCAGAUUAACCAAAAGAUUAAACCCACAUGCAAUAUCUUUUGACAGAUGGUUGUCUGAAAAUAGAGACAAAGUGGAAGAAGCUUUACGUGAAUCUAAUUGAAAAUUCUUAUAUCCGAAUGAAUCUUUUUUGCAAUUAAAAACAAAAGAAUUAUGGUCUGAGCAGCUGACUGUAGCUGCCAAAAGUGAAUACUUUGGUUGUUUACGACAAUGACGUCAAUAAUGAUCCAGGGUUGUCAUCGGGUUUCUGGAAAAGGUCACGGAGGAAAAGAUUUUUAUUUAAACAUGUGAAUUUUUGUCUGUGACAACCAAUUUGGUGGUUUCUAAUUUCAUUUUUGAAAGUCGUAAUUUUUAUGCCCCCGGAUCGAAAGAUCCCGGGGGUAUAUUGUUUUCCCAAAAAUUCGAUAAAAUCAGACAGUAUUAGUUUAAAAAGAUGGAUAUUGAAUUUAUUUAAUUUUUUUCCGAAUUUUCUUUUGAAAAGAAAAUGCGAUCGCAUCCCAUGCACCUCUCCUUCUAACGACCUUGUAAUUUAAUAGUUUACACUAGUCAUCUAUUGUAUUUUAAUCAUUUACAGAAACGACGAAUCUGAUGGCGUACAGUGAUAUUAUAUUUGUCGAAGUAUUUUGGAAAAUAUGCAUUUAAACAUGUACAUUUAUUAUGUAUUACAACCAAUCAAUUUUACUUCAGCCAUAAGAUACCUUGUAAUUAUGCAAUACUCAUUUUAUCAUAUUUUUCUGCCAAACUGUGAUAAACUUUUAUUCUUUUGUAAAUAAAAGUUUUAAAAAACUUC